GUGAAGCUUUUGAGCCUUCAUAACGCCGUGCUGCUAUUUUUAUCCUGGUGAAGUGGACUGCAGCAGUCAGGACAUGAUUGCUGGCUGACGAACUACAGUACAGGAUUAUUACAGAGUUAUGUUUAUUAUAGGGCUCAUAAUAAUACUCGCGCAUGUGUGGGCUUGAUUGAGUCACGUGACUCAGAGGUAACGUCAGGCAUCAUCGGUCAGUCAGUCAGUCAGUGUGCGCGCGAGCCGCUUGGCGUUAAUGAGCUUGCCUUGGUGAACCCCCGCGCGCGCGCUUCUCUCGUUGGGUUCCGGUCGCGCGCGGAGAAUGCUGAAGCGAUGAAGGUGAUGGAGGCGAGCGCGCGCUCCUGUCCCUCCGCGUGCCUGCUGCUUCGCGUCCUCGUGCUCGCGCUCUCGGCGACUUGUUCUUCCCCGAACCCGUUCAGCGAGUGCACGCAGAGCCGCGCGCGCAGAGGCGCGUCAUACCGCGGCUCAGUGGACGUCACGGAGUCGGGCGCGCGGUGCAUCCGCUGGAGCGAGGUGAGCGGCGUGAGCGCGCGCUAUCCGGGCAGAGGACUCGGCGAGCACAACUUCUGCAGGAACCCGGACGCCAGGAUCCGGCCCUGGUGCUUCUUCCGCAACGCGCGCGGACGCGUCGACUGGGGCUACUGCGACUGCAAGCAAGGCUCUGUGCGCCUGCAAGGUGGCAGGUCUAAGCUGGAUGGGACAGUAGAAGUGUACAUGAAUGGUGUGUGGGGGACAAUCUGUAGCAACGACUGGGAUGACAGAGAUGCUCACGUGGUGUGUCGACAGCUUGGACAAGGGUAUAAAGCACGAGCACGUGUGAGCUCCCUAUCUAGGCUGCCUCUUGCUGUAGUGCACUGGAGGACGAUAGGGUGCAGUGGGGAUGAAGCCGACUUGCUGCAGUGCCCUCGACUGGUUUGGAACGGAGGACAGUGCGCUAACCAACAGGCUGCUGCUGUCACCUGCACUCCAGUGGAGGCUGCAACGUUUGUGCCAGUGCGUCUUUCUGGAGGAGCGACUACAUAUGAAGGUCGAGUGGAAGUGUAUCACGCCGGGCAGUGGGGUACAGUGUGUGAUGACCAGUGGGACAAUAAUGACGCUGAGGUCGUGUGCAGACAGCUGGGCCUGGGUGGCACGGCGAAAGCCUGGGUCGGGGCAUAUUUCGGUACCGGUGUGGGCCAUGUGUUGCUGGAUGAAGUCAGCUGUACAGGAAAUGAGCUCUCCAUAGAACAGUGUCCGAAGACAGCCUGGGGAGAACAUAACUGUGAUCACACUGAGGACGCUGGAGUGUCCUGUACACCACUUACAGAUGGAUCAGUGCGCUUGGUGGGUGGAGCAGGAGGGUUUGAGGGAAGGCUGGAGGUUCACUACCAAGGCCGCUGGGGAACAGUGUGUGAUGAUGACUGGACAAGCACCAACACACAGGUUGUCUGCAGACAACUGGGCUACAGGUCAGGGCAGAGUGUGAACCCGGUGCGUUUUGGUGUGCCGUCGGGGCCGAUUUUACUGGACGAUGUGAGCUGUACAGGAAAAGAGCCGACACUCUCACACUGCGCCAAGAGAGAGUGGCUUCGACAUGAUUGCAAACACACAGAGGACGUGGCUAUAGUCUGCAGCACACAACGCACUGGACAUGGCGUGCCAACCAGUGUACCGGUUCAACUGGUGGGUGGGGAGAAUGAGAAAGAAGGCCGAGUUGAAAUCCUAGUGUCCGGCCAAUGGGGGACGAUCUGUGACGAUGGAUGGACAGAUGAGGAUGCAGAGGUGGUGUGUAGACAGCUGGGUUACAGUGGUGUGGCCAAAGCUCGUGUCAUGGCGUAUUUUGGAGAAGGAGACGGGCCUAUUCAUGUCGACAACGUGAAGUGUACGGGUGCUGAGCGCUCGUUGGCCGACUGCAUCAAACAGCCAAUAGGAAGCCACAACUGUCGCCAUAGCGAAGAUGCUGGAGUCAUUUGUAACUAUGGGCAAUGGGAUAACAACACCCAGGCCAAAGAUGUCGCAAGCUCUGUGUGUGGUCUGAGGCCCGCACACACUCGGAGGAAGAGGAUCAUUGGUGGACAGAACUCGCUCCGGGGCGGGUGGCCGUGGCAGGUGGCAGUGCGACUGCGUGGUUCUCAGUCAGACGGCCGACUGGUGUGUGGAGCCACUCUGAUCAGCAACUGCUGGGUGCUAACUUCGGCACACUGCUUUAAGAGGUACGGUAACAGCACUGGGACGUAUAAAGUACGCGUCGGUGAUUAUCACACUCUCGUUCCCGAAGAACAUGAAGACGAAUACGGCGUGGACAGAAUCGUCCUGCAUCCUCACUAUCGUCCACAGAGCAACGACUACGAUCUUGCUCUGGUGCGCCUGAUGCAGCAUGGAGGUCACAGCACAGAGUGUGUGCGCCAGAGUCACGCUGUACUUCCUGUGUGUUUGCCGGAAUGGAGGGAAAGAGCGCCGAAGGACUUGACUAAGUGCUACAUUACUGGCUGGGGAGACACGGGGCGUGCAUACUCUAAAACCCUGCAACAGGCUGCCAUCACGGUCCUGAGUAAACGCUAUUGCGAGCGUCACUAUGGCAACCAGCUGACCAGCCGCAUGCUGUGCGCUGGCUCUGCUGUCAGUGGUCGCCAUGUGGACAGUUGCCGUGGUGACAGCGGUGGCCCGUUGGUGUGCGAGAGAGGUGGUAGAUGGAUUGUGUACGGUGUCACGUCCUGGGGUCACGCGUGCCGACUGCAAGACUCUCCGGGUGUGUACUCCAGAGUGUCCAGCUUCAUGCCCUGGAUCACGAAGGUCACUAGCCAACAGGAGAUGAAAUCAACAAGAAUAGCAAACAAAAAAAAGCACAUAGAGGCUUUCUUACCAGUUUAAGAUGGUCAAUAAGGGUAAUUAUGAUUUCGAACAAGAGGAUGACAUUGUCACAGCCUGUAAUUACGGAACGUUUUUAACUGUUGUAUUGAAAACUAUGCGGUAACAUGAG